AUGUCUAGCUCCACCCCAUCGUAUGUCGAGGUAGCUUCGCCUCUAGACGACGACGUCUAUCGUCUCCCUUUCUUCAUUCAGUACGGGCACUUAGAGUAUACCACUCAUAUUCCGAGCCAAUAUCUUGGCUACUGUGACCAUUCCAAGGCUCUCUUCCUCUCUUCCCUGUCGUCUUCCACCUCUUCUCCCCCUCCUACUUCUACGGCCGCUCUCGUACUUCUGUUUCUCCAACAUCUCGUGGAUUGCCAGGGACAGAUCCCUGCCAUCCGAUGUCUCAUUCUCGCCUUUCAGCGGGACUUUGUACUCCCCAGGGACAUCCAUACCGUCAUCACCGGGCUGCCCGAGCCUCUUUCGGUGCAGAAACGUCUCCUACGAGCCUUCUAUGCCGUAGUCACCCACUGCUCCAUCGCUCCGCAGGUGGAGAAAAGCAUUUUGUUCACCGAAGCGGAACGGGGCCUCACUCGUCUCGUUGCUGUCUUUGGCGGCCAAAAUGCCAGAAAUCCCCGCUGUGUCCAAGAUCUCCACGACAUCUACUCCACAUACGCUCCGUUGCUGGAUCCCCUCGUCGAUACCGUCGACCGGGAGCUGGACAAGCUCUGUCACCACCCAGACACCGCCGAUUUCUAUCACGGUCGUCAGAUCCGUCUCCGGGCCUGGAUGGACGAUCCGCAUCUCGUCCCAGAUGAACAGUACCUGCAAACAGCCGCUGUGAGCUUCCCGAUCAUCGGGGCCAUUGGUCUGGCCCAUUUCUGCGUGGUCUGUCGCGUCCUCGACCAGACGCCGGGCCAGGUGCGAUCCCUCCUGCAUGGAGUCACCGGCCACUCGCAAGGGAUCGUCGUGGCUGCAGGCAUUUCUCGGUCCGACUCCUGGUCGUCCUUUUACGAGAAUGUUCGGUUUGUGAUGCGGACGCUCUUCUGGAUGGGAUAUGAGAGCCAACAAGCCCCCACGGCCCGGUCCCAAGUACCGGCCCCCCUGGUGGAAGAAUGCAUCUCCCACGGGGAAGGCCGGCCCUCACCCAUGCUGCACAUCUCCAAUAUCGCAGAGAUGCAGGUGCGCCUGCUGAUCGAUACCACUAACCGGGAAUUGAGCCCGAACGACCAGGUGUAUCUAGCCCUGGUGAAUACCCGAAAUAGCUUCGUAAUAGCUGGCCCGGCACGCUACCUCGUCGGCCUCAGCCGUCGCCUACGCACGCUCAAUGCGCAUGCCGGACGAGAUCAGUCUCGCAUCCCAUUUGACCGUCGGAGUCCUCUCAUCCAGCACCAGUUCCUCCCCAUCACGGCCCCCUUUCACACUCCCUACCUGCACGACGCGGCACAGAAGGUCCAGGCCCGAUUAACGGCGAUGCGCUUUCCAUCAUCGGAGCUCCUCUGUCCCGUGUAUCACACCCGCGAUGGGGGCGUGCUGGGACAGAGCGGAACCGGCGUCCUCGAUACGUUGGUGAGCGCCAUCAUGACCGAUCCCGUGAACUGGCCGUCCACCAUCCGACCCCAGGGCCGCACCUACGCUCUAGCAUUUAGUCAGGGAGUCGGUGACCUGCUGUUCCGCAACAAUGAAGGAAAAGGGGUGCGCAUCAUCUACAGCACCCAUCUCACGCCCGAGAGGGAAGGAGCCGGGGCCCAGUUGGACAUGUAUGCGUCCUAUCACCCGGAUACCUCGCAUGUCGUGGUUCCAAACUGGCUCGAGCAAUUUCGGCCCCGGCUUGUCCGCACAGAACGUGGUGACGUGCAGAUGACAACGAAGUUAACAGACGUUCUCGGGUUGCCGCCAGUGAUGGUCGCCGGGAUGACGCCCACAACUGUACAUUGGGACUUCGUGGCCGCAAUCAUGGACGCUGGGUAUCAUGCCGAACUUGCCGGGGGGGGAUACUACGAUGCUGACAGCAUGGCUGUGGCAAUCACGACGCUCGCUGAGAACAUUCCGCCGGGGAGAGGGAUUACCUGCAAUGUUAUCUACGCCAGUCCGAAUGUCUUGGCGUGGCAGAUUGCGCUCCUCCGUCGACUGGCCCAGUCAGGCCAUUCCCCCGUGGAGGGACUCACUAUCGGAGCCGGAGUCCCCAGUCUCGAUGUGGCGACAGAGUACAUCACUACCUUGGGCUUGCGGCAUAUUGCAUUCAAGCCAGGGUCAGAAUCGGCGAUCGAGCAGGUCUUGCUGAUCGCGCGCGCUCAUCCCACGUUUCCUGUGAUUCUGCAGUGGACGGGCGGCCGCGCCGGUGGUCACCAUUCCUUUGAGGACUUCCACAGCCCGAUUCUGCGGCUAUACGGCAAGAUACGAGCCUGUUCCAAUGUGAUUCUUGUGGCGGGAAGUGGGUUCGGCGAUGCGCAAAGCAUAUCCCCAUACCUGACAGGGUCCUGGUCCGUUCCGAGGGGUUACGCGCCGAUGCCCUUUGACGGCAUUCUCUUGGGAAGUCGCAUGAUGGUGGCGAAAGAGGCCCAUACAUCUGGACCGGUCAAAGAGCUCAUCUGCCAAGCCACAGGAGUGGAGGAGGAGUCGCAAUGGACGACAAGUUAUACUCGACCCGUAGGAGGGAUCAUCACGGUGCAAUCGGAGAUGGGACAGCCCAUUCACAAACUCGCUACGAGGGGCGUGCGAUUCUGGAAGGAAAUGGAUGAGCAGAUCUUCGCUCUGCCGCAGGGGAAGCAGCUCGAAGCCCUUCAGAACCGCAAGACCGACAUUAUUCGCCGCCUCAAUGCGGAUUACUUCAAGCCUUGGUUUGGUCGGAAUGCGAAGGGGGAGGUAAUAGACCUCAAGGACAUGACGUACAUGGAGGUGUUGGACCGACUCGUCGAUCUGAUGUAUAUUUCGCAUCAACGACGUUGGAUUCAUCCAUCUUAUGCGUGUCUGGUGAUUGCUGUAAUGAAUCGCACUUUUGAGCGCCUCCAUCAUCACGCUGAUGGCCGACAGCUUACCCUCGCGGCAUUAUCCCACAAUCCCCAGAACUUCCUGGCUGUUCUGCGCGGCACCAUUCCCAACGCUAGCGCCACGAUUCUGCAUCCCGAGGAUGUGCAAUGGUUCCUCUUGCGCUGCAAAGCCCGCGGCCAAAAGCCGGUCAACUUUAUCCCGGUCAUUGACGAAGACUUUGCGUUUUGGUUCAAGAAAGACUCCCUAUGGCAGUCCGAGGACGUGGAUGCCGUGACCGACCAGGAUGCGGGUCGGGUUUGUAUACUUCAUGGUCCGGUGGCCGCCCAUUAUUCUCAUCGGGUGGACGAAACCGUGAAGGAAAUCCUGGAUGGAAUCAACCAGUCCCUGGUGACAAUGGUGGAAACCGAAUGGUACCAGGAGACACCUAUCCCUCUGUCCGACGGUGCGCAGGAUGACGAAGCCCCGUUAGCCGCAUUCCAGCCUCGAUUUCCCUUCCAUGUCGUGGAAGAACACCCCGGAGUCACCACGUAUCGGCUCCUGCCUGACGCAAAGGCCCCAAACUCAGAGGAAUGGUUCGCAUACUUGACACGGGAAACGAUGGGGUGGAUGCGCGCCGUUGUAGGUAAUCGGGCUAUGAUUUGUCGGGAUCGGAUUCGACGACCCAACUGGCUACGGGACUGCCUGGUCCUCGGAUGGAACACUGUAGUCCAGAUAGAUGGCCCGGCGUCGAAAAUCACCGCCACUCAGGAAGUCGAUGGAUGCUUACGGCAUGUACUGUCCAUGAACAGUGACGAUGGUAUUCUCAUCACUGCUCAUGUCUUCUUCCACUCGCCUCAAAGCUCAUCGUCUCCUGUCCCGCUCGAAUUACGAUUCUCAUACAGUGCAGAUGCCUGGAGCGGCAGUCUCAGCGAAGUCGGGGACAAUCAUGACGUACUGGUCCAGUCAUUCUAUCGCCGACUAUGGCUCGGGGAGAGCUUCAACGUCCAACAUUCCCCACCGACGGGGAAGAAGACCUUUCUGACGGCUGCCAUGCGAAAUGCCUGGAUGUCAUCCAUCGGCCUGGCGUAUCCCAAUGAACGUGAUCUGCCCGUAGAAGGAGACUACUUCCCCAUCCACGCUGCCAUCGUUCCCGCAUGGGAAUCAUUGGUUGCCCCUCUAGUGACUCCGGGGAAUGAAGGUGAUCUCCUGAAACUAGUCCAUCUAUCGAAUGAGUUCCGCAUGGAACCGGGAGAAGAACCUCUUCGUAUCGGGGACAUGGUUGAAUGCUCCUCUUCCUGCGUAGAGGGAGUCGUGGUUGACGAGAAAGGGAAAGAAAUCACCGUUACGGCAGAGAUGACCCGCAACGAACGACGUGUGCUGACUGUCACCUCAAAAUUCCUCAUCCGAGGCAGCUUCCCCGGCUCGAGUGAGUGUUUCCGAAACACCAUGGAGCCGGAGAUCACUCUGAAGAAUGUCACGCCCAUCGACGAAGCGCUCCUGCGCGAUAGGGACUGGUUCCUCCUCGACGACCCAAAGUCCAGCCUCGUCGGAAAGACAGUUUCUUUCCGAUUACGCACGCACAAUGUGUGGAGUAAAGACCGGAAGGCGUUCCACACCGUCCGGACCACGGGAGAGGCAGUUGAAAUCGGUUCUGGGAGCGGUGUUCAUUGCCACCGAGUUGGCCAAGUGCGAUUCCAUGCCCUCUCCUGCUCCCGAAACCCGGUGCUCGACCUCCUCCAUCGCAGGGGCAUGCCGGCCACGGUGCGUCAGACACUGGAUCGUCCGGGAUGGCCAUACAAUACCAACUCCAUGACGGUGCAGAUGCCCGCCAGCAGCGAGCGGUAUAGCCAGGUCUCCCAGGACCAUAACCCCAUUCACAGCUGUCUUGUGUUUGCCCGCAUUGCCCAGCUGCCCGGAACCAUCGUCCACGGGAUGUACACAUCGGCGGUGGCGGGCAGUGUCCUGGAGCAAUUGGUCGAUGGAUGGAGUCACCGGCGCAUGCAUCGCUAUUCCGUCUCCUUUGUCGGCAUGGUCUUUCCCCGAGACCAAGUCACGGUUCGGUUUACCCAUACCGCCAUGAUCCAAGGGAGAAUGGUCGUCCAGAUCGAGGCUUUCCGGAAAGGCGUGGACGGGGAGGAGCACAAGGUCCUGGAGGGAGAAGCGGAAAUCGAACAGCCCUCUACGGUGUACGUAUUUACCGGACAAGGUAGUCAAUCACCUGGUAUGGGCAUGGAUUUUUAUCGGUCAAGUCCAGUGGCGAGGCAGAUCUGGGAUGACAUGGACGAAUACUUCCUCCAAAACUACGGCUUCUCCAUCCUUCAAAUCGUGAAAGAAAACCCCAAAGAACUCACCAUUCACUUCGGAGGCGAUCGUGGCCGUCGCAUCCGUGAGCGAUACCAAGCGAUGCGCAUUAACAGCAUCAACCCGCACCAGGGGGAGACGAGGAGCAAACCAGUCCUCCCCAAUCUCACCUCCACAACGCGGUCCUAUACUUUCAAAGCACCACGCGGUCUCAUCUACUCGACGCAGUUUGCGCAGCCCGCCAUUACCAUUCUCGAAAAGGCCGUGUUCGAGGACAUGCGAGCGCGAGGGCUGAUCCAGGCCGACGCCCCCUUCGCGGGCCAUUCCCUAGGCGAGUACGGGGCGCUGGCGGCGCUGGCGGAAUUUAUGCCUUUCCCAUCACUCAUGGAUGUGGUGUUUUACCGUGGCCUAGCAAUGCAAACGGUCAUGGAACGGGACGAGGCAGGUUCGACGGAGUAUUCGAUGGUGGCGGUGAACCCGACGAGAGUUGGACAGAUGGUCAAUGAGACAGAUAUUCGGCAAAUCACCGCCAUGAUUGCGCAAGAGAGCCUCCAGCUCUUGGAAAUUGUCAAUCUCAACGUACACGGGGAACAGUAUGUCUGUGCGGGACAUAUCCGUAAUAUCCAUGCCCUCACGGAAACCCUGAACGAGCUAUCCCGAGCAUCCCCCGAGCAAAUCCGUCUCUCUCUCCGGGAAGCGGCCACUUAUAGUAGUGGGGAUAGCGCUGACGGUGAUGACGAUGCGUCCACCGUUCUAGGAAAUAUUGUUGGCCGCGCCGUCGCCGACGCACAGGCCCUGCCAAAGCCCAUCCGUCUGGCGCGUGGAAAGGCGACCAUCCCCCUGGUGGGGAUCGAUGUUCCCUUCCAUUCAUCCCUGUUGCGCUCGGGAGUCGACCAUUAUCGACACUUCCUGCAGGCCCGCAUCCAAGAGGAAGAUGUGCAGCCGGAGAAUUUGGAGACGCGAUAUAUCCCCAAUCUCACGGGCAGUCGGUUUCAAUUACAUCCGCACUACAUCGCGGAGGUGGUACGGGCAACUGGGAGUCGGGAGUUGAAGGAGUGGGUGGGUAGUGCAGCUUGA